AUGACAUUGAGACAUGGUUGCAAAGUACCACUUCUCAUUACGCGCUUCUCAUCUACGUGGGCCACCAGUGGAGUUCAAGGUGUGCAAGGUAGAAUCCCAAGCUAUAAACCCCCAUCAAUCAACACAAGUCAAUCUGUCUCCAUAACGGAUCCGUAUCAAAUAUACCAGACCUAUGUGACCGUGGGGAUAUUGGAAAGAGAUGAAGCACAAAUCAGAGUGAUGAAAGAGUUUCAAAAACUAUAUCAUCGCGUUAUUGAUUACGUGCCACCAGAGGAUUUAUCCAUCAAGAUGAGCUUAUUAUUGAGACAGAUUGAAUUGAAACAAGCGGAGCAAAACACGAGAAGCAAGUCGCCGUUGCGGUUUUUGAAAAAGGAUUCAGGACGCGAAAAGCAAUCGUUGGUGAGAUUCCUAACUGACGAGGAGGCGUUGCUCAAUUUCCCCUCGCCUCAAGGUCUUUUGGUCAAUGGUGACGUUGGAUCUGGUAAAUCGUUGCUUAUGGACAUUUUCGCUUCGUCACUACCGCACGCGUCAAAGAUGCGUUGGCACUAUAAUAAUUUCAUGUUAUAUGUGUAUAAUGAAAUACACAAUAUACAACAACAAAGAUUGAAAACCAUGGAUUGGAAAAUGCAUGAAUUCAAAAUGGAAAAUGAGUUUAUUCUCUAUGAGAUUGCGCAAAAAAUGAUCCAAAGAAAUACGAUAUUGAUGUUAGACGAGUUUGUGUUGCCUGAUAUUGCCAGUGCCAAUAUAAUCAAGAUAUUGUUUACGUUUUACUUUAAACUUGGUGGUGUUCUUGUUGCAACGUCGAAUAAAUUGCCGGAGGAGUUGUAUUCCGCACAGUUUAGCAAGGGUAAGUUCAAGAGUUUUGUGGGAAUCUUGAAUGCAAGAUGUAUAUCGAUUGACAUUAAUUCUGGCAAGGACUAUCGGACGCACUUUGCCAACAAGUCGUUGGAAAAGUCCCACUUAGUUGUGCGAAAAGAUAACCCGGAGCAAGAGGAGGAGUGGGAUCGUUUGAUCAAAUCUAAGGCCCUAAGUAUUACUGAAGGGUCUCUUGACAUGGAUAAGCCGCUAUCAAGUUUGGGUACUCCUUCCUCGGUUACAGUUUACAACCGAACCACCCGUAUUCCAUUGACAUUCAACAACGACUCCAUAUGUUAUCUCGACUUUGCAGAAAUUUGUCAAGGGCUCACUUCAUCUUCUGACUACAUCUCAAUUGCGUCCAAAUACCGGACAAUAGUAUUGGACAAUGUGCCCAUCAUGACGACAAGGAUGAAAAAUGAAGCACGAAGGUUUAUAACAUUGUUGGAUGCAAUAUACGAAGCCAAGUGUCAAUUCUUUAUGAGGUCACAAGUUGAGGUCGACUAUCUAUUUUUCCCCGAUGCACUCAAGAUUGAUGAUGAGAAAUUUACAACGUAUUUGAAACUUCAUACAGGUGCAGACACUGUUAUUGACAGGUUAGAGGUACAGGACGAAGAGAUGUAUGCUAAAACAUCCAUAGCCAUGGAAAACCCGUACAGGCCAAACAUAGCAUCCUACGAUAAAGAAGAUACGCAGCACUAUAACGAGCCCAGUAAAAUCAACACGACCAAAUCCAAUUUCGCCAACAUCAAAGUUUUUACUGGUGACGAUGAAAAAUUUGCAUUCAAGCGGGCAGUUUCAAGAAUUAAGGAAAUGAUCGGGUCUGACGUUUGGAGAAGUUCAGAACGUUGGGUUCCGAUCGAUGUCACAAUGAGACCAUGGGAGCAACAAAGUAGGGCUAGUAGCAGCACUACCAUGGUGAAUCCAAGGGGGAGUGAUGUACAUGGAGAAGAACAAAAGGUGAAGGACUUGCUUGAAGAGAAAUCAAUGAAGGAGAUCAGGAAAGAGAUUAGCGACACCCUUCCACGUCGUUAUUCGCAAAAUGAAGGUAUAUCGUUUCCCUUGUUCAACUCAAAAGUUGCACCUGUGUUUCGCAACUUGCUGCAUUUCUGGGCGAUGGGGCCCUGGACUAGCCAACAGGAGAAAAGGUUGAAAGAUGCAAUAAGUCGUAGCUGGAUUAGGUCUAGUGCAAGAAAUGAUAAAAAUGAGUAG